AAUAAAAAAAAAUUGUUAGUAUUUUUUCCGGUACGUGUUGCGAAUGCAGUAUGGGUAAAAUAUUUGGUCACUUGUUUGUAGGCACGAGGACGUUAUUUGCUCACAUUUUCAUUUUCACACAUGAAUAUAUUCUCUACUCAUAAACUCACUUAACGCUUUAUUGUGUGUUUUUUGUUUUGAACUUUUGAUCACUGUGCUGUGAUUAUUUAUUGGUUGGUUGGAUUUAGAAAAAGCUGCCCUAUUUUUAAAUGUUUUAAUUUGGUUUUUUAUUGUAAAUGGAAAUCAUAAAUAGAAAUUUCGCUAAAAGUAUUACAGCUUUAGCCAACGUAUAUUCUAGAAAAUGGAGUAGCUCCGCAUCAGUUGGCCCCCCGUUCACGAGGGAUGGUGACGAUGGCUGCACUGUGACGAUAUUUGGCGACAGACUGAAGAAGGAUGACCACAUUUUCAAUGCAACCGGCACAACAGAUGAACUGUCAUCAUAUAUCGGUUUGGUGCGGGAGUACGCCAAGGACGGCGAGCACUCGUACACGGACAAGCUGAAGCGGAUACAGUGCAUCCUGAUGGACAUCAACGCGUGCAUCAUGGGGACACACAGGGCGGGGGAGAAGCCCCGCCUGUCCGCCCGCCACACCAAAGACCUGGAGGACUGGAUCACGGAGUACUCCGGCCAGCUGCCGCCUCUGGAGAACUACGUGAUUCCUGGGGGCGGCAAGGCAGCGUCCUCCCUCCACGUGGCGCGCUCCAUCUGCCGCCGAGCCGAGCGCUGCGUGGUGCCCCUGGUGAGGAGCGGCGACGUCGACCAGGAGACGCAGGUGUACCUCAACAGGUUAUCAGACUUCCUGCUGACAAUAUCUAGAGUAGCUACGAAACUGGACAAGAAGGACGAGUCGAUCUACGUACCGCGGUUGGAGAGUGUUGCCAACCAAGCGUGAUGCGAGUCGUCACAACUGCUGACUAGUGCCAUAUGUACCUACUUUCCUCUCCUUCCGUUCAUUUCUCUUUUGUAAAUAAAUACUUGUAUUUAUUGAUUCUGACUGACUCUGGCAAUGCUGUAGUAAGCAGUCUAUAAUUGCUUGUUUACGUGUCUUUUGGAUUGAAUUUCUAGAAUGUAUUAAAUGUUUCAGUUACA